AUGCCCAACCUGUUCCCAGCCACCACCGCCCACUCCCGCCCAGUGCCAGCGCCCGCCGCCUUCGGUCUCUUCGACGACGCGGCGGCCGCCGCCGCCGCCGCUGCAGCUCUGGGCUUGGCGCCGCCCGCCGCCCGAGGUCUCCUCACGCCUCCGGCGUCCCCGCUGGAGCUGCUGGAAGCCAAGCCAAAGCGCGGACGCCGCUCCUGGCCGCGCAAGCGCACCGCCACGCACACCUGCAGCUACGCGGGCUGCGGCAAGACCUACACCAAGAGCUCACACCUCAAGGCGCACUUGCGCACGCACACAGGCGAGAAGCCCUAUCACUGCAACUGGGAGGGCUGCGGCUGGAAGUUCGCGCGCUCCGACGAACUCACGCGCCACUACCGAAAGCACACCGGCCACCGGCCCUUCCAGUGCCACCUGUGCGACCGUGCCUUCUCGCGCUCCGACCACCUGGCGCUGCACAUGAAGCGGCACAUGUAGCCCGGACGCCCCCCCCCACGCCCCCCCCCGCGCGCGGCCGUGGCGGGUCCCACGCGCCGGGCACGACCCCCUCUCAAACUGUGACUGGUAUUUAUUGGACCCAGAAGACCGGGCUGGGCACAGCGUGGCCAUCGAGAGGGCUCCCCGCGCCCCCGACGACGACGACGACGCCCCGGCCCCCAUCAGAGACUGAAGGCCCGGUGGGAGAAGGCCACGAUCCUCCUUGACGAGUUUUGUUUUCAAAAUGGUGCAAUAAUUAAGUGUUGUCUUCCCCACCACCGGGUCUACACUAGAGGAUCGAGGCUUGAUGCCUUGUGAGAAAUACCGCCUUAAUUUGUACUGUCUUUGGCAUUUUUUUAUAAUAUUGUACAUAGUGACUGUGACAGAUAUUGUAUUGCUGUAAAUAGGGAGACAGGUGGGCAUUUUGGCCCCCUGGUUCGUUUUUAUAGGACUUUUGUUGUUGUUUUUUUAAUUAAAAAAAAAAGUUUUGCAUCUUUUGAAAAAUCA